AUGACCCAAGACACGUUUCCCCUUCCCGAUUUCAUUCACACCUCGCCGCCUUCCUUGGGCGGUUCCAAUCCAACCUUCCCUCGCCUCAAAGUCAGGUGCGCACCGCGAGUGAUUCUUCCCACCCACAUUGCUCCCGACAAACCCAAGCCUGAGGCUCUAGAGAAGACGAUUAAGGUUGUCGCCCAACUCGGAGCCAAGAUCGUCAUCUCGUGGUCCGUCGACGCUGCCUCGCUUGAGGAGGCGGACACCCUCCCUGAGGGUGCCCAGUUGGCCUUGGAGGACAGAAUCGGGGGCUGGAUCCUCAAUACUCGGGGCAAGCGCAAGGCGGACGAGCUAGACGGCGAUGACAACCACGAUGAUGCAGCCGCAAGCGACGACAACGGCAGAUCUAAGCUGUGUCAACCUCUCGGCUUGUCUCAGGAAGGGUCUUCCAUCCAACAAACGGUCAAGACUAUCACCCUGGACCAGAUCGCUACAAUGAUGCCGGAGAUCCUGCGACGUCAAAUGAUACGCCGCUUUCCUUACGUGUUUGAUGGCCCAUUCCUCGGCUACCGUAAGCAUCUGCACCUGCCACCAGCCUUCCUUACAGCCAUGAGCGGCUUCGCUUUCAACGCUGCCCGCCACCGGCCCGAGUUCCUCGUCAAAUGCGGUGGCAUCAUCGGCAAGAUGGAAGAGUCGCGGCGCGAACAGGUGCAGGGGCAGAUUAAGGCGGUCGCGUUCCUCCCGGCCCAGCAGAAGCCCGGGAGGCGAAAGACGGAUUCCCAAGGCGAGGCUCAGUCUCAAGACGACCGCCAGGCGUCUCGAGAGCGAAUCCAAGAAGACGCCAGCUACGCUCGAGCGGCAGACGCAAUCGAGGCGGCCGCAAAUGCUGAUGCCCAUCUUGUCGCUCGUCAACGUCUCCACCGACUGAUUGCGGAAAAGGUUGCAGCGGUCGGAACGACCAAGUGGCUGGACGUUCGACGCAAAAGAGGGCGGAUGGGUGCAUCUCGGGUUGUGGUUGACGCUCCAGCUGUCGACUACUCGCAAGGCCCUCCCGUCGAGGUGGGGAAACUGUUACAAGAGCGUCAGUUUGCUUCGUCGCUCGACGAAUCUCACCUCCAACACUGCUUCCCCCACCAUCUCUUGGGCGGUUCUCAACACCACCACUUCAACCUUCCUCAUCGGGCCUGGGACGACGACUAUGAUAACCUCGACGACGAAGCCGACUACGUCGAAGAUGACUAUGUCGGCUGUGGCUAUGCCGAAGGAGACGGAGACAUCUACGACGAUGAUUACGUCGGAUACAACAACAAUGGCGUUUACGACGACCUCGCGGACGACCUCGGGGAUGAGAAAUUCGGUACGCCACAUCUCUCGCUGCACCAUCUCUCACAUGGCCUCGAGCUGCGAUCACCCCACCAUAGACAGUGGUGCGGGAGAGAUCCCUCACCAUCACCCCUGGCCGGCUUCGACUCUCUCCAGCUCUCAGACAUUCCAAUUAUCAAGCCGAGCUUCCAGCGCAGGGCGGGCCUUAUCUACUCAGAUGAAGGUCUGGACGAUGUCCUCGGUCGACCUCUCGCGGAUGAUUUCGAGAUUGAUCUGGAUGAUUAUCUGCAAGAUAAUCUCAACGACAAUCUCGAAAACCGGCUCGCUGGCAACCUCGACGUGAGGUUCGGCAACGUUCUCAAGGGAUCUAUCAUGGACGGCGAGGAUGAUCUUGAGGGUCCUGACACUCUCGACGCAGGAUUCGGAAAAACUCGGGGCGUUGGAUACGACAGUGAUCUGGACAAGGACGACUCCAGCCAUCCCAAAGGUCACGUCAAGCUCCCUCCGGACGGAACUGUUGGAGGCAAUCUCGACGAUAGCUUACCCGACGACGGCCACGAAGUGCCUGUUAGAGACCUCGAUGACGGAUUCCGUGAAGAUACUGACGAGAGACUCAGCAGCAAGCGGCAAGAUGGCUUCUGUCUGGGGCCUGCUGUUUUUAUCGGUGACGUCUUACGUCUGGAUGGGGACGAGAUCGAUAACCAUGACGACCUCGAUGACCUCGAUGACCUCGAUGACGUCGUUGAGGCAUAUUGUGACGACCACUACCGACACGCAGAUGAGCCAGAGCGACCAGAAGCUCACGUGGCGAAGCAUCCUCCAGAGGACUCGUUCAUGCACUCGCCAUUCAGUCGGUGGGAUGACGGGAAUCACGAAGACGAGCCGAUGGGUGUCGACGACCUUCCGGGAAAUGCGGACUCCCCUAUUGCCAUCGACUACCAACCUUCACUCCCCGGCUUCGAUGGCGAUCGGGAGCCUGCGUUCAAUUAUGACGAUUCUCUCGACGGUGAUGGGCUGGAAGAUCUUCCCAAGCCCAUGUCUUGUUCGAACGCGUCCAUCCAGGACCACCUCUCAAUGGACGACGUUGACCACGCUCAAGUCGCCGACCAGUACGGCCGCGAGAUGGAUCUCCUUCAGAACCUGACGCCUGACUUGCGGCUGACAGGCACUCAAAACAUGUCUAUCAGCCAACAUUCGCAUAAUGACGAACGGAUGUUACUGAAAGAGCGCGAGCGCGAGCCCGCCAAACUUGACCAGGCGGACUGGGAUGUCGACCUAGACGUCGACAACUGGGGCGAAAUGCCCGAGCGCGCUCUUCAUUGCCACGAGAUGUACGCCGUGGAUGACGAUCUCGGCGAGGAGGCGAGUAUCAACACGGGCGCAGUGGCGCGGACGUGCACCGCGAGUAUGCGCAAGGGGAUAGCGACACGGAGCAACGAUACGGCAAGUACGCGCACAACGAUGGAUAUCGAUAUCAAGAAGAAGGGCACGACAAUCCUCGGCAGGACGGCCGGCCUCGGCUGGCGCCCAACGAUUGGCGUAGCGACAUGA